AUGGUCUCGGAGCAAAAAACCGUCUUGGUUCUCGGCCCCGCUGGAGCCGGCAAGGCUACUGCCAUAGGAUGCAUCUUAUUUAAAUUUGGGGGUAUUGAUAUGUUGACUCUGGAAAGGUUCCAGAAAGAGGGAAUUCGGUUGUGUGGACAGGCUGCAAGGAAUCUCAAGAGUCCUGGUGUGCAGCCGAGUUUUGAUACCCCGAAUUUUCAUGUUGUGGUUUCGGAUGGCUCAUCCAAGGUUGACUGUGUUCUCCUGGUCAUCCCUGCAGACUCGGCUCAAUCACAUCUCGAGAAGGAGCUUGAUAUAGUUGCCGAUGCAGCUAAACAGAUCAUAGUGCUGAUCAAUAAAAUGGACGAUAUGAAUUGGUCGGAGGUGGCAUUUCAAAGCACUGUGCACAGCCUUGGGCGAGUCAUGCAGGGUGUCCCGGUCAUUCCCUUCUCGGCUUUGAGAGGCGAUAAUGCUGUUGAGCUGUCAUCAGAAACUGCUUGGUAUGAAGGACCAACACUUCUUAUGGCUCUGGAGACUUCAUUUCGCACAUGA